AUGAAACUGACUUCACAGUUUCGAGAAAGGGUGGUGAUACUCAUUUCAUUCAAAGAUGUUCUGAAAGCUGGUAUUCAGCAGUCAUGCAGUUGGCCCAUAUCAUAUUGGUGUGCAGUAUAUUCGUGCUAUGUCGUGGGGAUAGCAUCGCGAAAGAUUUCUAUCUCACCCCUCAAUGUAGUGGAAGGAGAAGCUGGUUACCGCCUGUUCAAUGGAACUCAUCAAUUCGGAUUUGAUAGCACAGUAGAGGAUUCACGCGGUGUGGUAGUAAUAGUGGAGGAUGGAGAUCUGUCAGGACUGCGUGAAUGCUGGCAAAGUCGAUUUGAAGGCUAUUCGGGGAAGUUUCAUAUGUUCAUGCCUGUGGAUAUGAUAGAUCGUUCUACCGUGAGAGUCAUUCUGGAAUCGGACUGUUUGGCUGGUAUCAUAACCUAUGAGGCGUAUAACAUAAGCACAGACAAACCUCUUUCACAUGAUGCAGCCUGCCCAAAUUCUGAAAGUGGCUUUUCCAAAGAUGCAUGUGUUCUGAAUGAAUGGAAUGAAGAAGGCGCUAUUUUACCUGAAGGCCUACGAAAUAUCGAUUGGAAAAUGCAGAUUCUCUACGUCCACAACCAAACGUAUAUCGACGCAAUCAGAAAGUGCCACGAACUGUACAAUACGCCUCCCAAUGGUUCGACGACAGUCUCCUUUCCAUUUUGUAGUGCCUCAUUCGGUGUGUUCAGUAGAGGUGCUGGAUCAAGUGAAAUUUGUAUGCGUAGGACUGAACACUGGUCUGAAUAUCUUGCUCACGCCACGGGCAGUCAUAGUUCUUUGUGCGGACCUUUGAGAGGGCUAAAUGUAAUCGCUCAUCUCCCUCCAAAAGUCCACAACGAUUCCGCAGGUUCGCAGUCAUCUACCAGAUAUCUGAUGUUGACAGCUCGGGUGAGUAAAAGCCUCUAUUUUUUAAAACAAAUUUAA